ACUGAUUGGUUAAGAAACGAAGCCGUGAAACAGGAAGCUUGAAAAACAACUUGUCAACUUAAGAGCUCGUAAGCUUCUCCCCCCACAGUUUCUCGUGUUCUCGCAGCUAACGGUGCGUUCUUACCUGUUCUCAUCUGUGCCCCACUGAAAGGACAACAUGGGGUGCUUCUUCUCGAAGAAAUCCAAGAGGAAGUCGUCUGAAAAAGAGGAUCGUACGCCGACCACGACGACUGUCGAAACUACGACGACUAGCAACGCGGUUCCCCUUGGCAACAACACCGACGAGGCUCCGAAGCAGUACAGCUGGGAUAAGAGGGAGAAGGUUGACCCUAAAGACUACAUGCUCACCGGGCUCAAAGACGUCACGGUGGGCCGCCUGCCUGGCAAACUGAACGGGCAACAGUUUGUCAUCCAGGAGUGCGAGAACUGCAACAUCUACGUGUUCGACCACGCAGCCACCAUCACCAUCGACGACUGCGUCAACUGCCGCAUCGUCCUGGGACCCAUCAAAGGCAGCGUGUUUUUCAGGGACUGUAAGGACAUUAAGUGCGUGGUCGCCUGUCAGCAAUUCCGCACGCGGGACUGUAAAAAGAUGGAUGUGUUCCUGUGCUGCGCCACUCAGCCCAUCAUCGAGUCGUCCACGGGGAUGAAGUUUGGCUGCUUCCAGUACUUCUACCCCGAGCUGGCGUACCACUUCAAAGACGCCGGGCUCAGCAUCUUCAACAACAACUGGAGCAACAUCCACGACUUCACGCCGGUGUCCGGAGAGAACAACUGGAGCCUGUUGCCAGAGGCUUCAGCAGUUCUGGAUUUUGUCCCGGUGCCAGACCAGGAGUCUGAAUUCAAGUCUAUCCGGAUCGGAGCUGAGCCCUCGCGCAGCAUCGUGCCUCUGACGAAGGGAGGGCGGCGUAAGGACAGUGAGGAGUCCUGCCUCUUCGUCUUCUUCUCUGGAGAGUACAGCACGGCAAACGCACGCAAACUGAUCGAUGAGACCUCUGCGAAAGGUUUUGUGCUGGUCCAGACGAAAGAAGUCUCGAUGCGACCUGAAGACGUCAAGAGAGUGUUUCAGAACAGCGCAGAGGAUCUUGUGGAGUGGAUCACCAAAGGUCCGGUUAUCGCCCUGGAGCUGAACGGUGACGGUGUUGUGGAGGCGUGCAAGAGCAUCGCUAGCGAGGUGUUCAGUGGGACCAAGGUUUUUGUCUCUGAUAACAAAAACACGUCCUCUCGAGACGUGGACAACUUCUUCAACUUUGCCGACAUGCAGAUGGGGUUGUGAAACUCCCCUCCUUGUCGUUCAGCCGGGGUUAUACAUGUUUGCCUGAAUCGUUAUCAAUACUGAACUAGGAAUUAAAAAAAAAAAAUGAAGGAUCAUAUUUGACAAAGUGUUUAAAACAACACUUCAGUUCAUCAACCAUGAGUCUGCGGGCUAAAGGUUACCCUCCAUUAUUAAGAAACGUUGACUGUAAACCUCUGAACAAACAUUAGUUGCUUUGACUGCUGUGAAUAUUUAUAUUUCUAUGAAUGUAUUCAGUUGCUUCCUUUGAUUGUGAAUGUAGAUCUUUGCUGUAAAUGUGAUUUUAAUUUAACGUUUGCUUUUCUUUGCUGAUUGAAAUAUUUGUUUCAGUUAAAAAAGAGCACAAGGAUGCCUGAUGGGAAAUAUUUUAUAUAAACUUAAAUCUUUGAGGCUUUGUAUGUUCAUGUGGAUUAGAAAGCUGUGUGUAUAUUUGAGACAUGCUGUACAGAUGAUAAUACAUCACUAUUGAUAUCUGCUAGGCCAUAGUUUAUUGUGACAGUUUUCCAGCUGUCGUCCAGAUGACCUGAUAUAUUUGCUGUGUUCACGAUGUAGAAGACUUCUGUGACUUUUUAUUUUUAUUUUGUAACAUUUGUUUUAUACUCAACUGAAUGUUUUUGUAUAGACAUAAAUUCAUGUUCUUUAAUAUAAUUUUUAGUAAAAUUUCAGUACAUACAUUU